UCGGUCCUCCGCACCCCACAAGGAAAACUAGCCAACAAGAAGUCCUGGGUACAAGGGGCAACUGGUAUGAGCCAGUAUUCAUGGACUACCCGAAGAACAGUAGAUUUGGGAACGGGCCGGGUAUCCCACUCCUUUAUGGUAAUACCAGAAUGCCCCUACCCACUGUUAGGACGGGAUUUACUGACCAAGAUUGGAGCUCAGAUAACUUUCAGACAAGGGAGGCCUCAGGUCACUGAUGGCAAGGGCCACCCCAUCCAGGUACUGACCAUGAAACUGGAGGAUGAAUACCUCCUCCACCAGGAGGCGCUCCCGAGAGAGGAUAAUAUAGACAGAUGGCUACAAGAAUUCCCCUCGGUUUGGGCAGAGACGGGGGGGAUAGGACUAGCCGCUCACAGGACCCCAGUCCUGGUAGAGCUCAAGCCAGGAGAGAGUCCGGUAAGGAUCAAACAAUACCCCAUGUCUCAGGAGGCCCGGAAGGGGAUUCAGCUACACAUCCGGAGACUACGAAGCCUAGGAGUACUAGUUCCUUGCCAGUCUGCCUGGAACACCCCCCUACUGCCGGUCAAAAAGCCUCACACAAACGACUAUCGACCGGUACAAGACCUCCGGGAAGUAAAUAAGAGGGUCGCGGACAUACACCCAACUGUUCCCAACCCAUAUACUCUCUUGAGCUCCUUGGCACCCUCCAGGUUCUGGUAUACUGUACUAGAUUUAAAGGACGCCUUCUUCAGUCUGCCACUGGCACCCCAGAGCCAACCCUUGUUCGCCUUUGAGUGGCAUGAUCCGGAGGAGGGCUACAGUGGGUAACUCACCUGGACACGGCUACCUCAGGGAUUCAAAAAUUCACCCACCAUCUUCGACGAGGCACUACACGAGGACCUGGGUGAGUACAGAAGGGAGCACCCUGGCCACACCCUCCUACAGUAUGCGGGUGCAGCGGUGGUCACCGAAACAGACACCGUAUGGGCGGAGGCUCUACCCUCCGGAACGUCAGCCCAGCGAGCAGAGCUCAUAGCCCUCACCAAGGCGCUGAUGCUGGGAGCUGGAAAAUGGCUUAACAUCUACACAGACAGCCGUUAUGCAUUUGCCACAGCUCAUAUUCAUGGGGCAAUUUAUCAGGAGAGGGGGUUACUGAUGGCAGAAGGACGGACUAUAAAAAAUAAGCAGGAGAUACUUAACCUGCUUACGGCCGUAUGGCUUCCUGGCAAGCUAGCCAUUAUCCACUGCCAAGGGCACCAAAAAGCUGAUAACCCAGCAGCUAGAGCAUCUGUAGCGAAUGGAACUGCCAUUGUAAGUAAGCUUCGUGUAUGUGAACCGAGACAGGAAGAGCUUGGGCUUGGGAACUUGACCCGUCCGACAGCAUCGCAAACCAAGUCGGACUGCGGGUGUUACCUGCCGGCUUCAGCUGCCUUCUUCCAGGGCCUUAGUCGUUUGCCGUGGCGCUCCUGCCCCCUAGUGGCAGCAAGCUUUGCUGCAGUCACAUUCACCGGACCAAGGAUAGGAAAGGAAAUUGGAUGA